CAUAUCAAAAUAUUCCAUCCAAGCUCUCUCCGCGUAUCAUUUUUUUUUAACAAAAUUAUUUUUUUUAUUUCCGACACAAAUACGCAAAUAUUCGAUAUAAUGCUCGAAAGUAAACUUACAUUUUUUUUUGGGAGGGGGGGUCGAAAAUCCGUUUGUCAAAAUAAAAAUUAAAAUUAAAAAAAAGAAUUAGGCUGUUGAUAUGGGGCGGAAAGCAACAAGACGGUGAAAGCGAGCAGAGCACCAAGCACAAACGGGUCAAAAAUGGAAAUGUCCGCAAAAAAAACGGAGGAAAUUGUUGAAAGCAGCACGUGCUUCCUUAUCAAGGCGAAGAUACAAUAUUUAUUCCUGGUCUCCCGGGAUGCCCCACUCCGUCUAUUGUCCUCCCAUUCCUCAGUGCUGAUGCUUAAUUUUCAAAACUUCUAUAUCACCAAGGGACCUACGACAUCAGCCGAGAAAUACCCUGCAAGUACAAAAUCCGUGAGCCAGCCCCGUCCGUGCAGAGGGGAGACGCUCGCCGCCUUGCACCAGCUUUUCCCUGCCCUUACUACCCACACACAGCACGCGAGGGGAGACUUUUCCAUUUAUCGCACAUUUUGGGGACUUUAACGCCUUUUUUUUUUUUUGCCAUUGUUGGAGAGGAGCGGGGGGGGAAAGCAACGGGUUACUUUGGAGAAGCACACAAUGUCAGCGACCUUCCCGGGACUUGUCCACGACGCAGAGAUACGUCACGACGGAUCAAACAGCUACCGGCUCAUGCAGCUCGGUUGCCUGGAGUCCGUGGCCAACUCCUCGGUCGCCUACUCCUCCUCCUCCCCGCUCACCUACCCGGCGCCGGCGGGCACGGAGUUCGCCUCUCCUUAUUUCUCAGCCAACCACCAGUACACUCCCCUGCACCACCAGUCCUUCCACUAUGAGUUCCAGCACUCUCACCCGGCCGUGGCCCCAGAGGCCUACGGGCUCAACUCGCUCCACUCGGGUCAGUACUACCAGCAGAUCCACCACGGAGAGCCCGCAGACUUCAUCAACCUGCACAGCGCACGCUCGGCACUCAAGUCGUCGUGUCUAGACGAGCAGCAACGGCGGGAACUGGGCUGCCUCGACGCUUACCGGCGACACGACCUGUCGCUCAUGACGUCACACGGCUCCCAGGCCUACGGCGUCGGGAUGCACCAUCCGGACCAGAGAUUGCUACCUGCUGCCGGCCUGGGCCUCCCUGCCACUGCAGACGACCUGCAGGGCUCCGUGGAAGCGCAGUGUGGGCUCGUGCUCAACGGCCAAGGGGGCGUCAUCCGGAGAGGGGGAACUUGUGUGGUGAAUCCGACAGAUCUAUUCUGCUCGGUACCAGGUCGACUGUCACUCCUCAGCUCCACCUCUAAGUACAAAGUCACCAUCGCAGAGGUGAAAAGAAGACUGUCACCACCAGAAUGCCUCAACGCCUCUCUACUGGGUGGAAUACUGCGCAGAGCCAAGUCAAAGAACGGCGGCCGGUGUCUUCGGGAGAAAUUAGACCGUCUCGGCCUCAACCUGCCGGCAGGACGGAGGAAAGCUGCCAAUGUCACACUGCUCACCUCCCUGGUGGAGGGAGAAGCGCUUCACCUGGCAAGAGACUUUGGCUACACCUGCGAGACAGAAUUUCCCAGCAAGGCGGUGGGCGAACAUUUGGCCCGGCAGCACAAUGAGUCAAAAGAAACCAGCGCACGGAAGAAAAUGGUUUUGGCUACAAAGCAAAUCUGUAAGGAGUUCCAGGACUUGUUAAGUCAAGAUCGUUCUCCUUUGGGAUCCUCCAGACCGACACCAAUUUUAGACCUGGACAUCCAGAGACACCUUACACACUUCAGUUUAAUCACCCACGGUUUUGGUACGCCAGCUGUUUGCGCCGCUCUCAGCACUUUCCAAACAGUCCUGAGCGAGAUGCUCAACUACCUGGACAAAAACUCAAGCGGCAAAACAAGCGGACCGACCGAUCAACAGAUUAACAGCGGCUCGGAAAAGUCGCAGCUCCGCAAAGCGACCGAGCCGCAGAGCAAAGACGGGAAAACUGAAAAGACUGAGUAGUCCCACCCGCCUGGUCCCCCGUGCCUUGAAGCUGUGUGUGUGCGUGUGUGUGUAUAUUUAUUUAUUUUAUUUAUUGAUUGAUUUAUGGACUCAUGAUGUACACAUGGACAUUCUAACAUCAGUGUGCCAUUGCACAAUACAUACAUCCACUCACAUAAAAGGGGUUAGAGGUCAUUUCAAUGUGCAGAAUCAAAAUAAAACCACAAGACUUGACUUUCCUCUGGUUUAUCCAAAAUGGGGUCACCAACCUUUAUGAACAUGAGAAAUACUUUUGGGGUACUAAUUAUUGCGAAGGGCUACACACUACUGAAAUAACAGAUUAACAGAUUUUAUCUAUGUGAAGAUGCGGUUCAAUAAUUUGUUUACAGAAUAUGCAACAUUUUAUUUCUAUCAAUUUCUGCAACUGUUUACAUUUUGAAAUGCUUCAUUCGAAAACAUUCCAAUGAAAUCACAAUCACAAGUGAGCUCCUUUUAAAAGAGGCCCUUGGGCAGCUCAUGUGGUCCUUGCCCACCAUGUUGGUGACCUCUGACCUACAACGAUAACCAUCUUUGAUUGGCAAGUUUCUGAAGACAAAAUCAGUUGUUAACGCAACAAAUUGUUUUGCAACAUCCCCACUCCACAAACCUUUGGCUUCAUUAUGAAUUUCAUCAUCUGUGGUAUAGCAAAGAAUAUUUUUACACAAGAGUCUGGUAUGAAGCAAAAGCAUGUUCUGAUGAGAAUUUAGUAAGAUUACUUGCUAAAUUCUUUUGAGUACACAUUGAAUGUCCCAACAUGAGCUAUAGGCUAUGACGUGUGAGUGGAAACAUUUUUUUAUGAGUUGUUAUUUAUAUGUGGGGGGUGGUUGUAAAGUGCGGGAUGGGUCCAAGUCAGCCAUUUUGUUACAGUGACUCAGCAAUCACUAUUUCCUGUGCAUGUCCAUGUCUACCUUUGUACACUCUCGGAAAACGGCAGCUUUAGCCGACACAAGCUCUACGACUUGCUCAUGAACAUUUGUAAAGAUAUAUAUAAAUAUUUAAAUAACUUUUCUUGUAGGAUUUGGACUAUAUAUAUGUUAAACCCCUACAUUUAAAAAAAAAAAAAAAAAAAUGCUGGUGUUCAAUAAAUACAAGUUGCUAUGUGUUCUA